AUGUCUGAGCCUUUGCAACAAAAGACCACCCAAAAGCCUGCUGUUAGAAUUGGGGGUGCGUCCUAUGACAUUGAUAUGUCUAAAAUACCAUACCUAGCAUCCUUUGUCAAUUUCCAAACCCAGGCGCAACCGCAAACCAAAGAGUUUAUUCACGGCUCUAUCCCUCUCUUCGAUGUAGCCCUUAAAGGGAUCGAGUCAGGCUACCGCCAAUGCUUCCGAUCACUUCCUCCAGACCUUUCCCAACACCACACUCUUUGCGAUACGUAUCAGUUUCUCGGCGUUGACGUUCUUGGUGGUCAGUCCAUCAAUGAGAUCUUCAAUGAUCUGAAGUCAGGCCAGAGCGACUAUGAGCGUGAAUACAAGAGAUAUCGAGAAAUCAAGGGUAAUAAGUCAAAGGCACGCGACACAGCCUUUAAGUUGUUAUAUUUGAUUCUAUUAGGAGAUUUCAUGAACGAAACCAGGGAUAGCGCCAAAGUCUUUAACGCGGUACUGUACCUUGUGUCCCAUUCUGCAACUUUCAAGUGGAGGACGAGGAAGGUGGUUCGGGCUGCGUAUGAAGAGCGAUUCGUAGUCUCGGUGAAGCAGACAGCGAGGUUGGAUGAGUGGGAGAAAAAGGAUGCUACUAAGCUAGCAGUAGAAGACGCAGGCGAUGUGACUACAGAGGAGGAAGGAACGGAUUAUUACGAUGACUCUGAUUAUUCGUAUUAA